AUGCCGACGCUGGCGACGCUGAUUGGAGGUCUUUCCACCAUAAAUAACACUGUAACCAGCAAUGAGAUCAACAAGGCGACUCUUGCUCUGAUAUGGAGGGAUAGCGCUGAGUUGGGAAAAUUCUUGGUUGGGUUACUUGACCCCAUCAAGUGUUAUGUCUUGGCAAACUCAGGCAGUGGGAUAGCCGCGCCUAGCGAAGAACAUGGCACUGACAACGAACUGGACCUCACCGAUCCCAUGAAUCGUCAUGCCGUCAUUUGUCAGUUUCAAAGACUCGUACGGUCUGUAGUUUUCAUCCUCACCAACAUGACGCAAGAUACGAUUCAGGCCAUUGAUAUCAUUCCGCAAACGAAGUUGCUGAGUGAUGAUCAGACCCCCGGCGACAUCAUGGAACCAUCAUCUCCAACGUCUGCGAUGAUGCCGCAAGAAAAAUGGAUUUUUGUCAAUGGUAUUGCUGGGGAGCUGUGGUGGCUGAAGGUUGCUUGCAGGAAGCUAGCAACGAAAUAUCGGAGAGACGUUACGGGUGUGUUCAACAGAGGCGAUGGGAUCCUUUGGGAUCUGAUCGAAUGUGCAGGUGAGAGGAGCUUACAUGGAAGUGAAAGAGCUGCGAGCCAGAGACAACUCAUCCAGCGGACAGCCAGCAGUAACAACGCUCAAGUGGCAUUGAGGAGCAAGUUGGAAGAAGCUUUGGCGGCUGAAGGAGACGAAAAGAUUGUGGUCAUAGCCCAUUCUCAAGGCUGUCUUUUGCUCCGUUUGGCCCUUGAAGAUAUACUGGUCGGCCGAACAUCCUUCUUUCCUGCCUCCACACGAACAGAAUCUGAUCUGGAAACUUAUGCUUGGGCUAGGCAGAAGAUGCGUUCCCAACUUUAUGUCUUCACAUUUGGUAAUCCGAGCGUGGACUGGAGGCUUGAGACGACAGACAUUACCCAAAGUGAAUUCGGUACCUAUAUAAGCAGACAGGACCCCGCAUAUCUGAGCAGCUACGUUUACCGCACCGAACACUUCGCGAAUGAUCAAGACUUUGUUGCUAAACUCGGAGUACUGAGUUCUAGUAGGCCUGCAGACAGCGGGUACUCAAACGUUUUCAUCAACGACCGACCAACCUGGAUCGGUCAUCUAUUCGGAACCCAGUACAGCCUCGACCCGACCCAUUACCAACCAAAUGGCCAAAUCUCUCGCUUGCUUACAUGUGUUCCUGGCCAGCCUAUUCCUGUUUAGCCGGAUCGUGAUGUCAGCAAAGGGCAAUCAGGAAACAACCC